GCAAGGUUGUCAAGCUUGUCUAGAGGUAUACGGUGUCUCUUAGUCUACAUCAACCUGAAGAAACACUCGGAUCAUUGAACUUGAAAUGUAUUUAUUUUCCUUAUUUUCUCUUCCUUUAGAGCUAAGAGAUUACAAGUCUUUAAGGUGGCAGUGGUCUCCCAUACAUUCUAUCGCAGCAACAGAAAAACAGAAACCGAAGAUGACGUUAAAAGAGACCGAGGUGGUUAUCCUCACAGUCCUGUACGCCAUCACGAUGUUCGUAGCAUUUGUAGGGAAUGGUUUCCUCAUCUAUAUUGUGUGGAAGAAACCUGAAGUAAGAUCGCUGACAAGCUUCAUGUUCGUCAACAUGGCCAUCGCUGAUUUGCUAGUGACGUUGGUUGUGAUGCCCUGGUCGAUUUCCCAACUCUAUACCGACGGCUUAUGGAUAAUAUCAGGAAUAAUGGGAAAAAUCACGUGCAAAGUUAUCGUAUACUCUGCCUUUGUCAAUAUAACGGCGUCCAUCCUCUGCCUGACAUUUAUGGCAGUCGAUAGGUACUAUGCCAUUGUUCAUCCCUUCCGCCGCCAUCUUUGGUUCCGAAAGCCUAAACUGACAGUACCAUUUAUUUGGAUCUUGUCACUGGCCUCUAUGUCCAUUUUCCCUGUUGUUCAAACCGNAGUGCCUCCAGUUCCAUAUCUCGAUCUCAGUCCCGUCGGAGCAACAGAAAAACAGAAACCGAAGAUGACGUUAAAAGAGACCGAGGUGGUUAUCCUCACAGUCCUGUACGCCAUCGCGAUGCUCGUAGCAUUUGCAGGGAAUGGUUUCCUCAUCCAUAUCGUGUGGAAGAAACCUGAAGGCCCUGCGAGGGAUAUACCUCCUCCUGGUAGUGGUCAACUAUCUGAUCCCUUUGAGUGUUAUUUCUGUCAUUUAUACUAUUACCGCACGGAGGUUAUGGUUCCAUGUUGCACCUGGAGUGGAACAUUUGACAGGAAACCGAGAGUAACUCGAAACCUCGAAGAGGAGAGUGGUUAA